UAUGGCAGGGCAGAGAUAGAUCGUGCCUGUGUGCAAUUGGCUGCUGAAGCUCUUGCUUUCCCUUUUAACCCUUAGGAUGCUGAAUUACUUUUAUGGAGAGGAGGAGGAAUCCUGUCUGUUACGGCGUGGCUGCUCAUUUUGGUGCGUGGGUUUAUAACAUUUAUAAGCGUGCAGAGUGCUGCUGAUGAAUUUGCAUAAGGGGGAAACACAUGCUGUGAUGUUAAAAAGGUAAGGCCUUGGAAAAGCUGUCUGCAGCGUGUUCAAUUAAUGGCAGUUGAGCCCAGAGGACACGGCACUGGUCUGACGAUUGCGUGUGCGCGUGUGUGUGACCUAUAUUUGCUCAGUGCAGUGAGCAGAUCGAAAUGUAAGCCUCUGUUCUGUUUUGCAGACAUAAGGAUCUUUUUUUUCCCUAUUUAAACACAGGCAAGUUGUAUCUGAUAAAGCCCAUUGCUACAUGACAAGUCUCCUGGUGUGUUGGAGGGCUCGUCAGAAGCUUUGAUGGGCAGCGAGAAUUCAUAAAACGUUAACACAAUCAUGCAUGUACAUCUAAUCUACACAAAUGUAACAGGUUGUCAAGCAUCAUGUGACCGCUGUACUCUUGACUCUUACAUCUUUGGAACAUGCAUGUACAUUUUGGAUCCAAUAAGUCCUAUGUAGAUUAUACCAGAGCCUUCUGCACCCAAUUUUCUCACUCCAUUGUUUUGUAUGCUUACCCCCCCUCUAGAAGCUCACCGCUGAUGCUGUGUAGGUCUUCUAAGUUCCUUAUUUAAAGUGAUUCUGCUUAAAAUUGACCCGAAUGCUCUCAAAACUUUUUCUGCACCCCGAUCCUGACACUGUUGCCAGAUUGUUGUGUUUCUUCACACGUGAAAUCCAUUAUACUUGCGUGGUACUUUUGAGGUGAACAUAAAAUAAAAAAACAGGUGAAUUUCAGGCACAAUCUGGCAGCAACAUUUUACAAAAGGGAAUUGUCAGUCAAUCAUAAAAAAACUAAAACAAUGAUGGCAUGUUCAGCGCUUGGCAGUUUAGGAAUUUGCACUUUAAAACAAACCUGACGCUUCAUUGUUUCUUUAGAUAACCAAUCUAUAAGACAUCUACAGUAUAGUUGGGGAUAAACAAGAGAAUUUCUGAGAUGAUUUAGUCUUUAAAAGUCAAUCAUAAAAAUAAUGGCAUGUUCAGUGCUCUAAGACGAUCUGUUCUAAUGUGUUCAAAGUUGGUUUUAACACAUUACACUACAACCCCUACACAGUAUUAUCGUGGCACUUUUGGGGGGGCUACGGUAUAAAACAAGCAAAUUUCAGGUGCAAUUCUGCGCGUUUUGCUGAAAUCUAGCAUUGUGUACCUAAUGGAUGAUCAAUGAAACCUAUACAGUAUUGAUGGAGAGGUUUUGGAAGGGGAAGUGUAUAAAACCUGUUUUGGGAUCCUCCAACCUUUAAGGGCAUCCAGGUCAAUUAUUGUAUAAGCAUAAAAGGAGCAUAAAACAAUGACGUCAUGUUCAGUCUUAUAAGGUGAUUCAUUGUGUGUCACUUGAUAAGAACAAGCAUUAGUGGGGAGCUUUUGGAGGUGUGUUUCUCCAAAGACAGAAUAAAUAGCUAAAAGGUCGGUUGCUUCUUUUUUGAAAACCUAUACAGAAAGGCGUUAUGGAGAUAAAGUGAUGCAUAUGUGCCAUGACACUUAACGCAGUGAUUUAUUUGAAUUCCCACACGUCAAAGAAGAGGGGCUGGAGUCCAACCAGGAGAGGUCUCCACCUCCCUUCCUGACGUCAUGCAAGCAAAGACUGAGCUCUUGCACGACUGGAUCAGUUCACUACGGCUUGGCUGUGACUGUCUCUCACUCUCUAUGCACACUGCCAGGACUGUGUAUGUAUGUGUGUGUGUGUGUGUGGAGUGUGCAAAGGAGGGGACUACUAGACGGAGCUGGAGGGAAUAACACUUUGGAUUUGGAUACUAAACUGGAAAACUACCAAGCCUGCGCCCUGCCUUGCAUUGCUUUGCUUUUGCACACAUCGCGUUCGCCGUCUCCUCGUCGCCUGACGUCGGAUUGCGGCGAGAAUGGAGCUCCCUGCCGCCGGGGAACACGUCUUUGCGGUGGAGGGCAUCGAAAAGAAGCGCAUUCGUAAGGGGAAGAUUGAGUACCUGGUCAAGUGGCGGGGAUGGUCUCCAAAAUACAACACAUGGGAGCCAGAGGAAAACAUCCUUGACCCCCGCCUCCUGGUUGCAUUUCAACACAGGGAGAGGCAGGAGCAGCUGAUGGGAUAUCGCAAACGAGGGCCAAAACCAAAACAUCUUCUACUGCAGGUACCCUCAUUUGCCCGGAGAUCGAGCAUCCCCGCAGGUUUGGAGGACACAUCUCCAGAUGUAGAAGACUGCCCCAAGUCCGAUCCCGUCCCGGUUCAGCGUCCUCAGCCCCAGCAGUACCAGCUGAACAGCAAGAAGCACCACCAGUACCAACCCAGCAACCAGGAGGUCCCUGCAGACCAGCUCACCAACAGCAAGAAGAAGUACAUCUACCAGCUGAACAGCAAAAAGCACCAUCACUAUGAGCCUGACCCAAAUAUGUAUGAUGCCCAGGCUUCAAGGCUCAAAAAGGUGGUCAAAGUUCAGGAAACAGUCGGUAAACCAGCCAACCCUGGCUGGAACCUGCCUCUGGCGCUGCAGCAGAAAUGGGUUCGUGACAAAGACACAGGCUGCUUGAGUAAAGUCAAAGAGCUGGCAGUGGAGGUCAGGAAACCUGCUCCCAAAGAAGCCGAAAGUGAACAUGCCCUUAAGCCCGAUCCUAAAGAUGCAACCCUGCCCAGUUCUGUCAGCAGCAAAAUGAAGAUAAUCAAGAAUAAAAACAAGAACGGACGUAUUGUUAUCGUCAUGAGUAAGUACAUGGACAGUCAUAAAGUGCAUGGAGCAAAGGGCAAACACGGGGAAUCGUCAAGCGGAGAGAAAACCCAAAGUGGGAGCGAGAACAAUCCAGCACACAGAACCAAAAUGGUAGAGAACGGUAUUCCCAAAGAGAUCUGCAGCAGUAGUUCCCUCCCUGCUGCAGAUCACCCCCAAAAGUGUUCCCCAAAGGACAGACACUUCUUUAAACCAUCACCAAGCACAGCAGAGGAAUAUAACACAGAAGUGGCUCGCGGUCAGGCGGACUUACCCGAUGAUCUACCCCUACAACUGACUGCCAGCUCGCCUUCUACAACUUGGCCGGCUGACGCAAACAUCCCCACCCCGACAAUUAUGGACCACAUUAGGAUUCCAGCCUAUCCCAGUAGCCGGAAGAGAAAACUCUCCGACCCUGUGGAUGAGAGGAGUGUUUCCAAGAGUUCUCUGGCUUCUAGAAACCUCAGUGUUCCCAGCACUGGGGUUGGUCCACCUCAGGACAAACCUAUUGACCUUCACUGUCGUGGACGUAGCAGCACUACUGCAUAUGAUCCAAUGGACUGUUGUGACCAAGAGGAACCCAUGGAUCUGAGCUGCCCAAAGACAAAGAGGCAGACUAAGUCAGAAAUCCCAUCUGAACCUCAACCGGAGCUGCAACCUGAACUUAAACCUCAAUCUGAGCCGCUACCUGAACUUGAACCACAACCCGAAACCCAGCCUGAACUUGAACCACAACCCGAACCCCAACGUGAACUUGAACCACAACCCGAACCCCAGCCUGAACAUGAGAAACAACCUGAACCCCAGCCUGAACUUGAACCCGAACCACAACCUGCUGGCAAGGAUGUAAGGCAAGAUACGCAGAAGUCGACGAAAGAAACAUCUGCUAAAAAGAUCUGUCCUUUCAUGGGAAACAUCAUCAUUACGGACAUCACCACAAAUAGUCUGACUGUCACCUUCAAAGAAUAUGUUUCUUUCUAAGGAACGCUUGAAAGCAACUGACACUGUCCAUAUGUGCAUACUGUAAAAACAUGGGAGAUUUUGUACAUAAGCAAAUUUAUAAUUUAUAAUUCAAAUUCAAUAUGUUUCUUAUGAUGUUUUAUACUGUAACUUCUGAAACGUAGCCCAAGCAAGUGCCCUCGAGGAUUUGAGUGAAUACAUUCAAGAAUCCGUUUAUUUGCUGUUGUUUCAUACCUGUACCAAACUUGUAAUCUUGAGAUGUAUGAAGGUUUAUACGUAUUUUGUAUUGAUUAACAUGGAUUAUUUGAAUUCCUGGUGUGCAGUAGAGGGAGGAACAUGGCAGUUCAAUAGUGAUCGAAGAUCAAAGCGACAGCACUUAAUUCCAUUUCCAUCCCUCGAUUGUCAUUUACCUUCAUUAUGAGUGGAUAAACUGCUGCUCUUUUUCAUUGAUUUUUACUUAAUUUAGUGAUGGGUGUAAUUAAUAAAUCAGGUAAUCGGGCACUACUAGCUCCAACCGGCGGAGGUGCUUUUUUUUCGGCUUCGUAACAUCAGCCGGUGAAGCAAAGCUACAGUCACAACAAAAUUAGGACACCCAGUUUGUGUAAGCAAAUGCUUCUACUUCUGAAAAAAGUGUGAACAUUCGUCAAAACAUGCACCCAUAUUGCGUUGCCUGUGCUAUUAUUUUUCUGACAAAUAUUACCAAACAUGUUGGCACUGUUAUUAAAUGUCAAUGUUUGGAAACCUUUAAGUUGAGUUGACUCACACAGCUCAAAGCGAACUCCAAAACACCCACUGUACUGUAGACAUCACUAUGAAAUUUGGUACACACCUUUGACAAGCACAUGCGAGUGAAAUUAUAGCAAGAUUGGUUGAAAAACACGACCGGCAUCAAUCAAAAUGUCUUUGCAGGGUCAUGGGCUGGACUUAGCAACUGACCAUUUGUCUAAUUAUAUCUUUAUUACAUGUCUUCCAAAAAGGGGGGUGUCCUAAUUUUUUUCUCAUGACUGUACAUCCGCUCAAUGGCAACCUCUAUGAGUAGCGUUAAUCUGAUCAAUAUGACAGAUAAACAUCAAAUCGGUCAAUAAUGUCAAAGAAACUGUUCCUGUUAGGCACUUUUUUCAAACACGUGAUUCUUGGAUUAUACGAUGGAUUAACACUGUUCAUCUCAGUUUACCGCUCAAAGUUUACUAGUUUUAUUGUCGUUACGUGUUCUGAUAAAAGGCAUGUGACUGCUCUUUGCUAAUUACUGAUGAAAUGUGACUCGUCAAAGCUUGGUAUAGACAAUAGUCUACAGUGCGCACGGGCUGUUUAUGUUGAUGCUGCUUAGAAUGCUAAUGUUGAAUCUGUUGGAUGUACAGUCAAAAAUCACCUUGUACGCACAUUGAAUGCAAACACCAGUAUGACAAUGCUAACGUUCUAUGAGAAUGAAAUGGAAGAGUGCAUAUUUAUUUGUCAUUAAAAAAAUAAGCUGCAAGUGAUCUUUUAACAACCGUUUUUUCAUUUUUUUUUUUGCUUUAAUUUGCUCUGCUUUCUUGCACUCGGUGAAAAGGACUGUCAAGAAGUUGGAGAGGGGAGUUUGUUGGCUUACUGCUGUCGGCACAGUUUCACAAUAAAGAAAGAGAAGU